GCCUCACCUCAUGUAAACUUACCUCCCAGGGAGGCUGGCAACCACACCUAUGGUCACAAUCUUCCUGGUGACUGAAUGGGUUUGGGGGCCUGAUCAAGCUGGAUUCCCUCACAGCAUGGCUCCUCUAGCUGGGUAAUUCUUGCUUUCAUGUCCUCAGGGGCAGAAUGAAGAUGUAAGUUCCCAACUGCCUCCUCCCACAAAGUACACAGUACCAGCCACUUCGCCAGGUCACAGCAAUGUAAGAGCAAUCAGCUCCCAUGUGUCCAUGCCCAGGCUCAGCCCCUUUUACCUCAUUGUUCCCAAUCUGUGAAAUGGAAUUGAGACUGCUGCAGCCUGGGUCCUGUAGAGAGACAGCACACGUGGCAUCACCAGGGCCCAGGGGGAGGAGAGAGGAUGGGAGGAGUGAGGUGUCAGUUCCCCAUUGGUCUGGGCCACAGACAGCACGCACAUGCACACUCACAUCGGCUCCCCAACCACAGUCCUUGUUUGCUGAGCCAACUCCAGAGGCCAUGAAGCUGUCACUGCCACUGUUGUUGCUGUUGGGUGCCUGGGCAGUCCCAGGGGGCCUUGGGGACCGGACCUCGCUCUCGGCGACUGCACCACAACUGGAUGAUGAGGAGAAAUACUCGGUCCACAUGCCUGCUCACAUGCGCUGUGACGCCUGCAGGGCCGUGGCCUACCAAAUGUGGCAACAUCUGGCAAAAGCAGAAGCUAAGCUUCAUAGUCCAGACUCCAGGGGGCGCCAGGAGCUGAGUGAGUCAGUUUACACAGACGUCCUGGACAGGAGCUGCUCCCAGAGCUGGCAGGACUAUGGGGUCCGAGAAGUGAACCAGGUGAAACAUCUCAUAGGCCCAGGGCUUAGCAAGGAGCCAGAGCCAAGCAUCAGCGUGGUGAUUACCGGGGGCCUCUGGCCCAGCAGGCUCUCCACGACAUGUAUGUACUACCUGGGAGAGUUUGGAGAAGAACGGAUCUACGAAGCCCACCAACAAGGCGAAGAGGCUCUGGAAGCACUGCUUUGUAGGGGUGCCCAUGCUGCCUGCUCGGAGAAGGCACCAGUCCCAAGGAAAGAGCUCUAAUCCAUGACUUCUCCUGCCCCUGAGGGGAAGCUGGGGCCUCCCCUGGACUUUCCUCAUUCCUCUCUAUCAGUGUCUGGAGGGCAGGGGGCCUGGCUCAGUACUGCCACUGUCCUCCCUCUUCUGCUCAGAGGCACUGAGACUGGGAGGGACAAAGUCUUCCUCUCUAGAUUCAAAUAAAA